AUGGAGGACGGGCACAACAUCGAAGCCACGGACGCCAACAACCACCCCUACUCACCUGCCCCUGACAAGGGCAAGCUCAUGAUGGCCAUUCUCCGCGGCGAGACGCCGCCCUCUUCCCACCCCGAGCCCGACGCCUCGACGCCCGGGCACGGCGGCGAUAACGACGAGCACGGCGGCUCCGUUCCCAGGGGCCGUGACCGUGGCGAGGAGGCAGCAACAGACGCCGCGCUGCUCAAGCUUCUCCGGGACGACACCGACCUCAAGCUCUGGCUCGAGUUCACUCGCUACUUUGACCUCGGACACCGCGAGCACGUCCUCGAGGGGCUGAAGAAGCUUCGCGCCGUGGAGGAGGAGCGCGAGAAGCUCCUCCAGGAACUCCACUACACCACGGCUGCCGUCUCGGGAUCCGUCUUCGGACCGCCGUGUACCCCUGGGUCAUACUUCACCUUGGCGACGUCAUCCCCCGUUGCUCGCAGCAUCGACCCCCGGCGCAGGGCGUCCACCUCCACGGCCCAGUCCCUCUUCAAAGGGUACCCUUCCAGUGCCGCGGGGAUCUCGACGGCCGCGGAGCCGCCUUCCGGACAGGCCACCGGCUCGCAGCAGCAGCAGAUGUCUUCUACUGCGCCGUACAAAGAAAACAAAGACUCGCGCUUCUUCCUGGUCAAGUGCUUCAACACGUCCAACGUGUACAUGUCCCAGCGAGACGGCUUGUGGGUGACGCAGGCCAAGAACGGCCCUACUUUCACUGAGGCCUUCCAGCAGUGCGAAAGCGUGCUGCUCUUCUUCUCCAUCAACAAGUCGCACGGCUUCCAGGGCGUGGCCCGCAUGGUCAGCGCCCCCGACGCGUCCAUCCCCAAGCCCGACUGGAUCGCCAACGUCAACCUCAGCGCCGUCACGCACCCGUUCCGCGUCGACUGGAUCGUCCGGUCCGAGGCCGACUUUGACCGCUUCGCCGGCCUGCGCAACCCGCUCAACGAGGGGCGCUGCGUCGUCAUCGGCCGCGACGGGCAGGAAUACCCCGCGCGCGUCGGCCGCAGGAUGAUGGAGCUGAUGAUGCAAGCUGCCGCUGCUGCUGCCAACAACCCCAACAAUGCCGCUGACGAGAACAACAGCAACAACUACAGCAACAUGAAUGCCACCAUCAUGGGUUCUCCUCCUCAUCCUCACCCCGGUAAGAUGCGGGCCCACGUAUUAUUCAACGUCUCGUCGUCGUCUGCAGCCCCCGACGGCCGUUGGGCGGCGCCGCCCAAGCACGAGCUCAACAAGCCCAGGGAGACGCGCGGACGGAGCGACUCGCCCCCCCACAGCGUGAACAAGACGCGCACGCUGCGUGACUGGCGCCAGCGUGACGGCACAUCGCCAAAGUCCCUGUCGCGUGUCGAGGCGGAACCUCCAGCUGGCCCUGAGCCCGCUGAUCAGCCAGUGCCGCCGCCCGCCUCUGACGCGGGCUCGUGUCGUUCAGGCAACUCAAAGUCUACCUACCUCAUCGACGUGUGA